UGUGGAUGUGAGUGUGGGGUGUGGGAUGUGGGUGUGGAUGGAUGAAGAGAAGACCCACACCCACACCCACCCAGAUAUAACUGUCACAGAAUAGUUAAAUUAAAAAUUUACUAGUCAUUAGUAACAGAUUAGUAGCGCAGACUAUCACCUACUAACAACUAAUUAGUGACGACGUACAUUACUUACUGACAGCAUAAUAAUAAAAUUUUUGUAGUUUUGAUUUUUUUUUUUGGUAAUCGAAGCAAAACGAAAAAAUACUGUUAAAACGUUUUUUUUCGAAAAAAACGCGAAAUUGGGGCGUUUUUAACGGUUUUGUCAAAUUUAGUUGAAAACAAACUGUGAAAACAAUUUAAAAGUGAAAAAUUCAGUGGUAAAUGCGUUUAAACGAGUUAAAACGCCUUUCUGGCCGUUUAUUGUCUGCCUGGAGUGUGGGUGUGGGAGUUGGUAUGUGGGGUGGCGGGUGUGGGUGUACGGAUCACUUUAAUCACAUCCACAUCCACACCCACACUCACACCCUAUUCUCUAUUAACAAAUCAUUUUGGGUGUGGGUGUCUGUGUUAAUCUACAAUUUAUCGAUAGUCACACACACAUUCCAAAAGAACUUCAUUCCCUUUUGUUGUGUUUUUGUUAUGUUAUGAACCUUUGCCGAGUUAAAAAACUUUUGGCCUAUCAAUAAAAACCUUGCUUAUUUUGCCCAAUGGGUUUUUUCGACACAAGCGAAGUUUGCCCAUUUGUCUAAAAAUCCUGGCUACACCACUGAUUGGUUCCACUCAUCAAUAGUGUAUGCAUUCCUUAGGACUGAGAUUUCGGUAGAAUGGUUAGAACUCUGCUACAGAAGUCUAACAUCAUUUUUCCUAUUGGUGAUGUUUCAUAUAUUAUCGAGAGCUACUUUAAUAUAGUAAAUCCUUAGAAUUUCCUCGUCAAUCAAGGAGAAAAAAGAACAAAUAUGUUGUAGUUUACUUUAUAAAACACUAUAGAAGAUUAACCUUAGUGAUUUGGGAGAUCCUAAGUAACUUUUAAUAUAAACUCAAAGGAAAUAGUGGCUACUAUUGUAAACUAAACAAUAAUGAUAAUUUUGAUUUCUUAGAGAUAAAACAUAUCGUUUGUUAUGGUGUGAAAUCGAAUAUUUUGUUCGUGGUUAUAAAGACAUAUCAGAUAAUAAUCAUCGUCAUAUUCAUCAAAAUAUUAUCGAUCGACAAAAAACAGAUAAUGAAAAUGAUUCAUCAAUUUAUCAUAGGUAA